AUGAACCGUAAAGAUAAAGACAAAGAUAAACCAUUUUAUGCUUUAUCAGAAUCCGAUAAAGCUCCAUCUAAGAUUAUCAAUGAAGCUAGGAGUUCAUUACGUACUAUAGUCACUAGACGACCUUUCACCCCUAGAGAUGACAAGAGAACACUUUUUCCUGCUUCCACUUCCAGGAACCCAGAAUCCAGACCAGCCAGCGCUUUCAGUUUGAAUUCUAAACAUUUUGAUGGUACUGAAUCUCGUCCUGUUUCUGGUACAAGAUUAACUCCCUUAGACUUUGUAAGUUUUGCCUUUAAUUAG